CCGCGUUUGCUACUGACGCCGUGUCCAACUUAAUGCAAUACGACUCCAAGUACGUCAGACACUGAAUGAGGGUCAUUACUUAAGGUAGUGGGCGUUGGCGUCACAACCAACUAGCAGUUGUUUACUCUGCUGUGAGCAGCCAUCUACCAGUCUCCUCAUUUCCUGGGAAGGAGGAGUACUGUCCUCAUAAGGAAGGAUGGAGCAAGUCUUUGUCAGUCUUCAAUGCUUCACAGGAAGACGACAGGCAGGUGCCCAGUUGAGAUAUUGUGUGAUGAAAUAAAUGAACUGGAAAUUUGUUUGAACAUUCAAUUCACUGGGAAAAUUUUAAAAUUCGCGUCAGAUGCCUUUAUAUGGAGAAGAUGGCCUCGUUUGUUUGAAGUUUCGGCAGAGUGAUGGUUCCACUUGUUACUGUGACAUCAUCCAUUAAUAAGAUAUGCAGGAUGGACUCUCAUCAAACUGAAAAUACCCAGAAUUACAUUACCGUCAUACCUAUUGAGUACCCGAGAAGCAGGGUGUACCCUCAAACACAGGAAUAUGUGGUUGAUCAGUACAGUGAGUACUUGAGGGAUCGGAGCCGCGAUGAGUACGUACGUGGCGACUACAACAUAAACUCCGAACCGAAGUUCGACGAGGUGGGCGCGCUGUACACGGUGUCGCAGAGGUUCGAGAGGGAGAAGCCGCCCCCGCCGGCGCCCGCCCACGUGGCCGCCGGCAGCUACCGCCACGACGUGGAGCGCGAGUGGGAGCGGCCGCUGCACGCCCACCCACACCCGCACGUGGCCGCCCCCGCGGCCGACCGCCAGCAGGACUGCGGAGCCGGCAGGUGCGCCGACGUCCCCGGGGACGACCGGCGCGUGUCGCAGGUCUCGCCGCCACGCUUCCUGAAUACAUGCAUAUAUCUCAUGUCAAAAGUCGUCUUAAACAUGGAGAUAGAGGAUGGCCACAGUUCCACUGUCCAGGAGUUAGUGCAGUACGUAAUGCAAGAAGAAGAACUGGCUCUGCCAAGAGUGGCUUCAAACAUAUUCACAUUGUGGAUGUGUUCGGGACUUCUCGAAAUACAGUUGAAGCUGUUUCAUAAGCCAUUUGAUGUUAGGAAGAGAUGGCAAUCACUAGUUUCGCAGUACACCAAUGCCACGGACUCACAGAUCGACAGGGAUGAACCGAUAUUGUCAUUCCAGCGAAAUGUUUUCUUUUCAAAACGUGAUGAAGAAAAAAUUAAAGACCAAAAACUUCUGGAUCUCUUAUACGAUGAAGCAAAGUAUAACAUCUUAGAAGGAAGAUAUCCGUGUGAGAUAUCCCAUUAUAUAAUGUUAGGUGGCAUACAAGCACGUAUUGAGUUGGGUCCAUAUGUGCCACAAGUACAUACUACACAGUUCUUCAGAGAACACCAGCGUAAAUUUUUACCCACACACGUGAGUCAUAGUAACUGGUCAUGGUUGCGAAUCAGUGGUAAAAAUUCACCAGAAGUCAGACUUCUGGAACAGUUCAAGCGCAUUCCUUCCAACACACCAGUCAGAAAACUGAUCCGAAAGUACCUCGAGUUUUGUUGGUCACUUCCUUAUUAUGGAGGAGCAUUCUUCCGUGGCCAGGUGGAGCAACCGGUACGAGGCCUGACUUCAUUGAUCACUCAUCAAGAUGUGUCUGUAUUGGUUGCCAUCAACACUCAAGGAGUGUACAUCAUAGAUGAUAUUCAGUGUACACUUUUGUUGGGUUUAAAAUAUGAGGAGAUGUCAUGGGAUUUUGCAAAACCUUCACAAGAGGACAAUCCAGACUGCCUUCCGUGCCUUUUUCUGCAGUUUAUGGUGUUAGAAAAUGGAACAAGGGUCUCAAAAAUUCUGCAGGUGUUUUCAAAGCAGGCUGUGAUGAUGGAUGCUUUAAUUUCAGUCUUCGUGGACGAAAUAAAACAGAAGACAACCACUUAUGCCGAUGAGCCCGAUCGCCCAGUUUACGAUACGUCGACUGACAGUGAUGAUACACAGGUUCCAUUAACUACAGUGAAUCGGCGAGAACUUCCUCAGUCGUGUUUGAGCAACAAAUUGAGCAAGCUAACUCUUGCAACAUUUGACGAAGAUGGACGCUGUAUUGGUCAGAUGGGCUCUUGGUCUUUCAGUUAUUAGACUCCCAGUAUUUACAGGCACCCUUUUCUUCUCAAAUAUGUGGUGUAGCUGAACAAUCAUCCUGUGUAAAAUUACACGGGUUCAUAUGUGCUACAGCUACUUCUGCUGGAUACCGGGCCACACGGGAAUCCAGGCAGAAGAUCAAAUAACUGAGGAGGCUGCAGGGAAGAUGACAAGACAAUCCUGGGGGUCCGGCUUCUCUUUGCUGAGCUGAGACAGAGAGCCGCACAGGAGUGGCUGUGGCUGGCAGUGAGGGGCAAUAAAUGAGAUGAUCACCAUGCCAUGCUGUACCUCCUGUCAGUCACUCUGGCAGGAUGAAGUCAUUCCAACCCUUUCUCCAAAUAGGACAUCAUGUUCUUAAUCUGUGGCAUAGGAAUCAGUGUACUCCUCAUUUUCACUGUGAUCACUUAUGUAGGAACCUCCCCUUUAUUCUGUAUGAUGAUGAGACGAGUGUGAUAAAAUCUCAUGUAGUGUGUACAUUUGAGACUAAGCUUUUAUGAAGAAAGUUCGCAUUUUAUGUUCAUCUGUGACUGAUUUGUCUUUAGUUAUUUCGUGCAUCUUCAGUGAUUUGAUACAUGUACUAACAUAUGCCACAUAAAAAGCAGAAAUUGUAUGUAUGAGAGGAUAUAGGGGAGGGGUUGGGCAGAUAAGUAGGGCAAAUGUAUUGUGAGAAAGGUCCCCCGUUGGAGGGGGGGGAAGGGGGGGGGGGAGGAUUGCAGUCCGCCACAUGGGCAGGCACUAAACAUAAGCUGAAAAAUUGUUCUUGUUAGAUAGUGAAGACCACCAAAACUCUACUAAGUGCAUCAGCUGCAUUAUUGGUUUCUUAUUUAAUGAAGUGACAUGUGGUGUUACAGUAUACAUGGAUGUUAUAACAGAAAGAAAAAUAAACAUGAGCUCAGAAUA